CGGCGCCGCGUCGGUGGCGAGAAGAAUUCCAAGUGUCCGGAAUGCGGGAAGAGCUUCCCGGCCCCUUCCGGCUUGGCCAAGCACCGCAAGCUCCACGUGGAAGAGAAACCCUACAAGUGCGGCGACUGCGGGAAGGGUUUCCAUUGGAAUUCCCACUUGGAACGGCACCGGCGCAUCCACACGGGCGAGAAGCCCUAUGGGUGCCCCGAGUGCGGGAAGCGCUUCAGUUGGAGCUCCCACUUGGAGCGCCAUCGCCGCAUCCAUGGGGCGCCGGCGGCGGCGUGCGGGCGCUGCCGCGUCCCUUCGGACCCUUCCAAAGCCUUGGCCAAGCCCUCGCAAUGCGGCCAAUGCGGGAAGGCCUUCGCCACGGCACCGCUUUGGCCAAGCACCGGCGGGCCCACGGCGCCGAGAAGCCCCCUAAGUCCCCAACGGAGCCGCGGCGCCGGCAAAGCGUUCCGGUGCGGAGACUGCGGGAAGAGCUUCGCGUGGAGCUCCCACUUGGAUCGGCACCGGCGCAUCCAUAUGGGGGAGAAACCCUACCGGUGUGGGGCGUGCGGGAAGAGCUUCUCCCAAGGGUCCCACUUGGAACGGCACCAACGGGUCCACGCCGGGGGGCAGGAGCCGGGUCGAUGCGUCGAGUGCCGGCGCUCGUUGGGCCGAUGCGCGGAGUGCGGGGAGGCGCGGCCCCAUAAGUGCGGGAAGAGCCUCGCUUAUGGGGCGGAGAGGGUGAAGCACCAAGGGACGCAGACGGGCGAGAAGCCCUACGCGUGUGGGGAGUGCGGGAAGAGCUUCGGGCAGAACUCGGCGCUGGUCAAGCACCGCCGCAUGCACACGGGGGAGAAGCCCUACAAGUGUGGGGAGUGCGGGAAGAGCUUCGGCGUCCGCUCCAACCUCAUCAAGCACCAACGGACCCACUUGGGCGAGAAGCCCUACAAGUGGGACUGCGGGAAAGGCUUCAUCCAGAAGUCGGAUCUCACCAAGCACCGCCGCAUGCACACGGGGGAGAAGCCCUACAAGUGUGGGGAGUGCGGGAAGUGCUUCAGCGUCUCCUCCAACCUCAUCAAGCACCAACGCAUCCACUUGGGCGAGAAGCCCUACCAGUGCUCCGAGUGCGGCAAGAGCUUCAUCCAACGCUCCGAGCUCACCAUCCACCAGCGCGUCCACACCGGCGAGAAGCCCUACAAGUGUGGGGCGUGCGGGAAGUGCUUCAGCCGCAGCUCCCACCUCAACCGCCACCACGCACCCACAACGGGGACAAGGCCAAAGCCAACGCCGCCGACGCCGCCAACGCCGCCUUCUCCGGCCCCUUUGCCCCGUCCCGGCGCUGCCGCCCUUCCCCGGCGCGGUGCCGGCCUUGGAGCUGCCCUGGGCCCUGCCCUUCCCUGCCCGGCCUUCCCCCCAGCCCUGCUUCCCCCCGGCUCCAGCCCCGGGGCUUCCAGGCUGUCCCUCAGCAACUGAGCCCGGCCCCGGCGCCAGCCCCACGGCUCCG